AUGAAAUAUUCUACAGUCUUUACUGCCCUCACUGCAUUCUUUGCACAGGCAUCUGCAUCAGCUAUUCCAGCUGUUCGUUCACCACUCACUCCUCGUCAGAACACCACUGCCUCUUGUGCAAACUCAGCUACUUCCAGAUCUUGCUGGGGAGAGUAUUCCAUUGAUACCAACUGGUAUGAUGUUACUCCCACUGGAGUCACUAGAGAAUACUGGCUUUCAGUUGAAAACUCUACCAUCACACCUGAUGGUUAUACUCGCUCAGCCAUGACCUUCAAUGGAACUGUCCCAGGACCUGCAAUUAUAGCAGACUGGGGCGACAAUCUUAUAAUCCACGUUACCAACAAUCUUGAAUACAACGGCACAUCUAUUCAUUGGCAUGGAAUUCGUCAACUAGGAAGUCUCGAAUACGAUGGUGUACCCGGUGUAACUCAAUGUCCUAUCGCUCCUGGAGAUACCUUGACCUAUAAAUUCCAAGCUACUCAAUAUGGAACCACUUGGUACCACUCUCACUUCUCUCUUCAAUAUGGUGAUGGACUCUUUGGACCCUUGAUCAUUAACGGCCCUGCUACUGCAGACUAUGAUGAAGAUGUUGGUGCAAUUUUCCUCCAAGAUUGGGCACAUGAAUCCGUUUUCGAAAUUUGGGACUCCGCUAGAGUUGGUGCUCCUCCAGCACUUGAAAACACUUUGAUGAACGGAACCAACAUCUUCGAUUGCUCAGCUUCUACUGAUCCUAACUGUGUUGGUGGUGGUAAGAAAUUCGAGUUGACUUUUGUCGAAGGUACCAAAUAUAGAUUGAGAUUGAUCAACGUUGGAAUUGACAGUCAUUUCGAAUUCGCCAUUGAUGGACACACACUUACUGUCAUUGCCAACGAUCUCGUUCCAAUUGUACCCUACACUACCGACACUCUUCUCAUUGGUAUUGGUCAGAGAUACGAUGUUAUUGUUGAAGCCAAUGCGGCAGCAGACAACUACUGGAUUAGAGGAAACUGGGGAACCACCUGCUCCGCCAACAUGGAAGCAGCAAAUGCUACGGGUAUCCUACGAUACGAUAGCUCCAGCACCGCAGAUCCCACCUCUGUUGGAACCACACCCCGCGGCACUUGCGAGGAUGAGCCAGUUGCCAGUCUUGUUCCACACUUAGCAUUGGACGUUGGUGCAUACUCUCUCGUCGACGAAGAGGUGUCCUUCGCAUUCACCAACUACUUCACAUGGACCAUCAAUUCUAGCAGUCUACUCCUCGACUGGAGCUCGCCAACAACCCUCAAGAUUUUCAACAACGAGACAAUCUUCCCAACUGAAUACAACGUUGUCCCUCUCGAGCAGACCAAUAACGAUGAGUGGGUCGUAUAUGUCAUCGAAGAUCUCACCGGCUUCGGCAUUUGGCAUCCUAUCCAUCUCCACGGCCACGAUUUCUACAUCGUAGCCCAGGAAGCUGAUGUGUUUAGUCCCGAAAAGUCGCCAGCCAAGUUCAACCUCGUCAAUCCUCCACGUCGUGACGUUGCGGCACUUCCCGGAAACGGUUAUCUUGCCAUUGCAUUCAAGCUUGACAACCCUGGUUCCUGGCUCCUUCAUUGCCAUAUCGCAUGGCACGCAUCUGAGGGAUUGGCAAUGCAAUUUGUAGAGUCUCAAAGCUCGAUUGCGGUCGGGAUGAGCGACACUGCUAUUUUUGAGGAUACUUGUGCAAACUGGAAUGCUUAUACUCCUACUCAGUUGUUCGCUGAGGAUGAUUCGGGAAUUUAA